UUCCUGAGAUAUACUAUCAUUUGCAGAGAAUAGCUAACAAAAUGGACGGGUCUGUUUACAUCGUGAAAAGAAAAUACGUCGGUAUUAUUUAUUUGUUCGUAAAAAUUAUGGGAAUAUAGGCAGAGUGUUAAUGCAAAACUCAUAAGCAAACCGAAUUCGUAUACAUUUCCCUAGCUUUUUAGCAGCGAGGAUUUAAAAUACAAAUACGUUAAUACGGGAACUAAGCACACUAUAAACAAACACGUAUUGUACGUAUUAUUUUUUGUAUUUUGCUCGUGUGUAUGUUUUGUAAUUAAAUACUGUAGUCGUCUGCAAAACAAUGAAAUUACUAUUUUCAUUUUAGAUACGUACUAGGCUAUGUCAAAUCGAUUAGCUCAAAUUGUUAGUUUAACUCUCAACGUGCAAAGACACAGACCACAAGGAAGUGUAACAGUUUUACUGCAAUGUUAACAAAAAUGAAACCAAACACACGCUGGUGUUUAAACAAACACUGAAUUGCAAAUUGAUGCUAAUGAUGCUUCUGCAAUGAAUGGUCUUGCCGUGCUAGCAAGAAAAUGCAAAAACUCCUCACGGGUUGCUUGCGUAUCAACUGCAGUGUCAAUUUUACAUAUUCAAAAACCGUAGGUCAGAAGACUAGGUUGCCAAGAAACAUCCACAACGUUAAUACGGUACCAUUUAUAAAUCAGAAGCAUGUUCCACCGUCUCAGUGAGUCGGACAAUGCCCCCAGUACCUCUGGUUCCAGACCCUCCUUUGCUCUUGGGCGAAGUUUACUUGGAAGACCAUCAGUAAAUACCCAGCCUCCUCCAGGUCGUCUUAGUUCCUUGCGUUCUAGAGAUCUUACAUUAGGAGGUUUUAAAAAGAAAACCUUUGCUCCAAAUAUACAUUCGGUCCGUAAAACCAAAGAUGAACUUAAGGAAGCGUCCCAUACAGCUCCAAAGAAGGAAAAGCGAGAUAAGGAGGAACGACAGAAAGAUGGCCGUGGCAGAAAGAGAGACCGGCCACAAACUAUCCAGUCACACUCCAUCUUUGAACAAGGUCCUGCUGACACAAUUAGGAGAAUAGGGAGCUGGGACAGUACAGACAAGAAUGACUGUGGCCCGCCUCAAGUAUUAAAAUGUAUUAAAAAGGAAAAACAUGCAUUUGAAGAUGACACACAGGACAUUUUACAGAAGCUGAAACGGGAUGAUUUUUUAGAUGAUCCUGGCCUCAAGAACGAUGCAAAAAACAGACCAAUUCAGCUUCCAUUAGUUCAGUCAAGUAAUGUUUUUAAUGCAGAUGAGGCUACUGCAAACAUGAAGGAAGAACCUCUGUGUGAUGAUACAACAGGCAUUAAAGUACCGAGACCACAACUGAAGAAAGCUUUCUUAAUUCCAAACCAGCCUACUGUAGCUGAACUCUUCCAGAAGAUGAGUGUGUCCAGUGAAGAUGAGCUGUUGUUCAUCCAGCUCCCUGAUACAAUCCCUGGACAGCCGUCGGCACACAGUGACAAACUUGCAAAGAAAGAACCCAAAGCAGAGGACAAGCAAACACCUUCUAAAAGUCAAGAUACUCCAAUAAAAGAAAGCAGUGCCACCCUAUCAGACUUCACAGAGGGUCCCAUUGGUAAACUGCAGAUCAGAAAGUCAGGCAAAGUGCAGCUCGUCAUGGGCGAUGUCACGCUGGAUGUUUCGGAAGGAGCAGCCUUUUCUUUCUUACAGCAACUGGUUUCUGUUGGGCUCUCUGAAGGUCGCACUGGGGAUAUGACUUUACUGGGAAAUGUAAAGCACAAGUUGGUGUGCUCCCCAGACUUUGAAACACUUUUGAAGGAAGUCGUUUUUGCACCAUAAACGCAUUCAGGGAUACAUAAUUUUUUUUUUUUUUUUUACUGCAAAAGAUAUUCAAAGAUCCAUUUUUUAAACAGUAUAUCAUAACUCUGUAAUUGUAUAUAUUCCUAUAUAGGAAACACAUGUUUUAUAUUUGCUCUCAAUUCUGUAUUGUGUCUACACAGUGAAUGUAUUUAUUGAUGGUAAUAAUAAUAAAAAAAAUAAGCUGUUUUGGAAAAGAAUUGUUAGAUUUCAGGUGUUGAGAUACAAAACGUGAAUUGUUUUUUAGCUACAUAAAAACAAAGAUGCUGUCUCACAAACACCA